CCCUCGAUCUUUUCUGUUCCUCGGAAGUCAGCUCAACUUUCUGCCUGGGCAGCCAGUUUUUUGCGGCACUCGAUUUCAGACUUUCAUCGUGAGGGUGAAAAUACCAAGAAUUGCCAUUUCUUGUGUCACCAUCGUCUUUCCAAUCCCUUGCUUCGGAAUGUCAUGCGCAGAAGCCAGUGUAUUGUCAGUAGCAACAAGAAAACUACUGGUAUAAAGACACUGCUGCCGCGCUUCCAAGCCUUCUUGUGGUGUCUCGUCUUUUCAUCUCGAUUUCUUUCGGCUGAAGGACUCGCCAUCUUCAUGGGUCUCCUUAAAGUCGGCGUUCCCAAAUCCUGGGACGAUUCGAAGAAAGAUCUCGAUUACAUUCGCAAGGCUGGUGUUCGGCAAUUCGUUUCUACCUAUAAUCGUGUGAAGGACUUUAAAGGCGAUGAACUCUUGUGGGGAGAUGAAAUAGAGUACGGUAUCUUUCACAUGGAUCACAAUGCUAAGAAAGUGCGCUUGUCGUUGCGAGCCAAAGAAAUCAUGGACGAACUGAAUCGCAAAGAGACCCUUCAUUCCCAAAUCGUGGAAGGCUGCAACUGGGUACCAGAAUACGGAGCGUGGAUGGUGGAGGCCACACCCGACCGUCCUUACACGGGUUACACGACCGAUCUACUACGAGUCGAACGUAACAUGCGGCUCCGCCGCAAGCGUAUGCUCACGGUAUUGUCGGAAGAGGAAGUGGCUCCAACGAUCAGCUCAUUUUUCAUGCUCGGCGCGCAAGGGGAUGACGGGACGAUCCCCUCUACAACCGUCGGCGGACCUGUCACCGAAAGUGAGUAUAUCAGUGACGGGAUAAUUAAUCCUCACCCGCGUUUCGGAACGCUGACGGCCAAUAUUCGCCAACGCCGCGGUUCCAAAGUCAACAUACGAGUGCCGCUAUUUCGGGAUACCCGCACACCAGAAUACAUUGAUUUUGAGCCACCCAAGGGCAGCGAAAUUCCCGAAGAAAUGCGAAGUGACGAAACGUGCCGGGCUUCUAUUCAUAUGGACGCGAUGGCCUUUGGGAUGGGCUGCUGCUGUCUCCAAAUUACUUUCCAGGCCAAGGAUAUUGAAGAAAGCCGAUUCAUAUAUGAUCAGCUUGCAGUUAUGGCGCCCAUUAUGAUGGCGCUGACGGCUUCGACUCCGAUCCUGAAGGGUCGCUUGGCGGAUACGGAUGCCCGGUGGGGCAUCAUCAGCGAAAGUGUCGAUUGCAGGACACUGGCGGAACGCGGCCGAGAGGAUCCUGAUGCUCCGUACGAAGAUUACAAUCGUAAGGGCCAGAGACGAAUUUACAAGAGCCGGUACGAUUCUAUCAGCACCUACAUUUACCAGGGCGUUUUGUCGUUGAAGGACGAAAAAAGUACUGGGCUAGCCAAUCGUGUGUUGAAUAUUUACAACGACAUUCCGGUCCCUAUUGACGAAGACAGCUAUAAGCAACUUCGUGAUGCUGGUAUUGAUCCAGCGUUGGCGCAGCACGUUGCACAUCUCUUUAUUCGUGACCCACUCGUAGUCUUCAAUGGCGCGGUCGAGGAGGUGGACGACGAUACUCAGACCGAGCAUUGGGAAAGCAUUCAGAGUACCAAUUGGCAAAGUGUCCGGUGGAAGCCUCCGCCGCCACGCAACAGUCCUAAUGACCCCCAUAUUGGCUGGCGUACCGAAUUUCGUAGUAUGGAAUUGCAGUUGACGGAUUUUGAAAAUGCUGCAUUCACGGCGUUUAUUGUGCUCUUAACCCGGGUUAUUUUGACGUUUGAUCUGAACCUAUACAUUCCGAUGAGCAGAGUUGAUGCAAAUAUGCAACGAGCGCAUAGUAGGAAUUCAGCUGCCAAGGGAAAGUUUUUCUUUCGGCGUCACAUGGCGCCCUUGCAGGAAGGUGAUGAUGGAUAUGGCGUCAAUUCUGAAGAAAAUUCGUUUGAAGAAAUGACGAUGAACGAAAUUAUGAAUGGCAAGGGAGAUCACUUUCCUGGUCUGAUUGUGCUGAUUCUGGCGUAUUUGGAUCACAUCAACUGCGAUAAGGUCACGCUCAAGCGCUUAGAAAACUAUCUGACGUUUAUUGCCAAGCGCGCAACGGGUGAACUCGUCACACCUGCGACCUGGAUGAGGAAUUUUGUCCGGAAUCAUCCUGCAUACGAACAAGAUUCGAUUCUAUCAGAUGAAAUCGCCUACGACCUCAUGAUUGCCUGCCGUGACAUCGGCCAAGGGAAAUUGCACGUUCCCGAAUUAUUGGGAGACAACAUUAUUGAUCCAAUUACAAGUGAAGGUGCUUACGAUGUCAAACUUGACUCGAAGCGCGUCCAAAACGAUCGCAUUCUUGAUUUAUUGCGACAAUACACGAAGCGCAAAUCCUUUUCGGCGCAUGGCGCGAUGAAUGUCGGUGACGCGUGAGAGACAAUUGUAUGAUGAUGUUGUGCGUCUUUUCUGUAGUGGGCUGAUUUUUGAGUCCGAUCAGUUUCACUACACUCCACCGCUAUUAUCGAAGAAUUUUGGUUGCAGCGCAGUGGACCUAAACUAGAAUAUGUUUUCAAUUGUCAUUUAACACGCAAUGCCACUUAACUUCAAUUUUUCAUUAAGCAGC